GCUGUUUUGGGCCAAUAGGCGGGUCUGGAGGGAUCGGAAACAGGCGCGUAUUUGCGGGACUGUGCUUUGGGCUGCUACACUGCGUGCCCCGCCAUGGGUCGACAAGGCUCUUGCAAUCGACCUUCUCGUUGAGCGGCCUGUCUUUCUUACUAUCAAGCCAAAAGGGACACAAGCAGAGACCGGAGCUGAAUACAAGACACGCACAAUCAAACACACGACAAAGAUAGGCAUCUCCCCAGAAAGAAAGAACGGCUGGACCCUCUUUCCGCUUCACCCUCUCUCAAAACGGCCACUCAAGUGACAUCUUUGUGAUUCGCACCUUCCUUCCAUCAUCGUACUUUCCACCGACAGCCCUAUCGUCAGCUAGCUCGCAUUCAUGUCGCGCGCAGCUCCCCAGAGCGGAUCCCGCAAGAUCUCCUUCAACGUGUCGGAGCAGUAUGACAUUCAGGAUGUAGUGGGCGAGGGCGCCUAUGGUGUCGUAUGCUCUGCACUGCACAAGCCAUCGGGCCAAAAGGUAGCCAUCAAGAAGAUCACACCCUUCGACCACUCCAUGUUCUGUCUGCGCACGUUGCGUGAGAUGAAGCUCCUCCGCUACUUCAACCACGAAAACAUCAUCUCCAUCCUCGACAUCCAGAAGCCGCGCAGUUAUGAUACCUUCACCGAGGUCUACCUCAUCCAAGAACUCAUGGAGACCGACAUGCACCGCGUCAUCCGUACACAGGAGCUGUCCGAUGACCACUGCCAGUACUUCAUCUACCAGACUCUCCGCGCCCUCAAGGCCAUGCACUCGGCCAACGUGCUGCACCGCGACCUCAAGCCUUCCAACCUGCUGCUCAAUGCAAACUGCGACCUCAAGGUCUGCGAUUUCGGUCUCGCCCGUUCGGCUGCUUCGACCGAAGACAACCAGGGCUUCAUGACUGAAUACGUCGCCACUCGCUGGUACCGCGCGCCUGAGAUCAUGCUCACUUUCAAGGAGUACACCAAGGCUAUUGACGUCUGGUCGGUUGGCUGUAUCCUCGCAGAGAUGCUGAGCGGCAAGCCCUUGUUCCCCGGCAAGGACUACCACCACCAACUCACUCUCAUUCUUGACGUUCUGGGCACUCCCACCAUGGAGGACUACUACGGCAUCAAGUCGCGUCGUGCCCGCGAGUACAUUCGCAGCUUGCCCUUCAAGAAGAAGAUCCCGUGGAAGGCCAUGUUCCCCAAGACAUCGGAUCUCGCUCUCGACCUGCUCGACAAGCUUCUCGCCUUCAACCCUGCUAAGCGCAUCACGGUUGAGGAAGCUCUGAGACACCCUUACCUUGAACCCUACCACGACCCCGAAGACGAGCCUACCGCCGACGCCAUCCCCGAAGAGUUUUUCGACUUUGAUAAGAACAAGGACAAUCUCACCAAAGAGCAGCUCAAGCAGCUCAUCUUCGAAGAGAUCAUGCGGUAAUACCAAAGCUGCGAACUGCUCCGUCUUCUGGAUCUAUUUUUCUUAUCUCUUGCCAUAUAU